AAUCAUGUUUGUGUUGCAUUUCAGAUUAUCUUUUCUUGUCUUCUUUGAUUUCAAAGAAUGACAUGAAAUUUGAGAAAAAUUUAUUCUUGAUUUGUGAUUGCUUCAGUCAUCUGAAUUGACUGUUGACUUGAAGUAGCAUUUCCAAGUUCUCCUUCCAUGGUGAAGAUGCUCCAUAGCCGUGUUGCUUCUCUUCCCAAGUUCAAACUGCUCACCAGUACUUUGGGUUCAAGAUGGAGACCUGGCAUCAGUGCUUUGCAGAAUUCAAACUCCAUGCAACAGUAUUCUACAUCUGGCCAACAAGACAAGUCUCGAGCUUGGCGCCUUCUACUGCUUGGUGGUGGUGUCACACUUGUAGGACUUGGUGGAACAAUUGGAUAUGCCUAUUAUGAUUCCUCUUUCAAGAAGAAGCUUGAGAACACAGUCCCUUAUUCCAGCACAGUCUUCACUUUUUUCAACUUCGACAAAGAGAAAUCAUCUCCACCACUGCCAAAACCCAUGUAUGUUCUGGCAAGGGCUGAAAGAAUGCCUGUGAUCACCAAGGUGAAAAAACCAGCACUGGAGGAAGUCCCACUAGCAAAAGUUCCCAAACCAGAGAUUGAAGUAGUCACUAAGCCACCAGCAUUGUCCUCCAGUCCUGUGAAAGAAACCACUGGAAGCGUUACAUCAUCCAGUACCUCUCCCUUGCCUCAAGAUGUUGGGAAGUCUGGCACCAUGACAUCCUUAAAUGUACCAAAUCCAGGUGCUGGUUUGAUGGGUGGUAGGCAGCCCAAGAGCCAAGAUCCUCCUAAAAAACUUAGUGGCCCAUUGGAUCCCGAAGAAGAAGCAGCUGCUGUUGAGCGAAAGAAAUUCUGUGAAUGUGUUGCUGUGCUUCAGGACAAGGUCUCUAAACAUGUCCUUAGUGCUGCUGCAUUACACAACAAGGCAAUGGAAGCCAUUCGAGAGCACUUUGAGUAUGCUCAAAAGGCAAUGGAUGAAGCCACUGUGGACCAACCAAGUGGACAGUCAGAGACAUGGAAGGUAGCUGAAGAAGCAGCCAAGAAGAGAGCAAGUAGCAUUGAUGAAGCUGAAGCUGCACGGCAAACAGCAAGGGAGAUGACAGAUAAACUAGAGGAAGUCCUGAAUAAGGCUAAGAAGUCAAAGGUGAUGGCUGGAGAUCCUAUCUUGUCUGAAGUGGAAAGGUGUCUCCAUGAAAGCAGGAAUCAGCUGGAUGAAGCUGCGAAGAAAGUUAUGGGUGCUCGGUGUACUCUGGAGGGACUGGAGGAGUACAAGAACAAAGUCCAAAAUGAACUCAGCAGCUUCCAGCGAGAGAUACAUAUCUUGAUCCCAGAAGUGAAGCCAGGGGACCCAUCCAAGGAUCUCACUCCAACUGAACUCCAUAUUGGCCUCUUGCAUGCUCUGAAGAGACUCAGUGCCAAGACAAAGGAAGUGGAGAAACUUAAAGCCCUGGAGCAGCAGCGAAUUAAGGGUGUGCUCGAAAAGCACACGACCGAUGCCCGAAAGGAAGCCGAUGAGCGGGCCACCAAGGAACACACUCGAAAGUUGAAAAGACUCGAAGAAAACUACCAGCAUAAGAUCAGUCAGAUGAAAGAGCAAUUCGAGGCGGAUCUGCAGACGCAGAUGAGACGGCAGGCGGCUGCCCAUGCAGAGCAUCUCCAGGAUGUGCUUGGAGUGCAAGAGAAGCAGCGGGAAAGGAAGUUCGUCCAUGAACUGAGUCAAGAGGUGGAAAAUCAACGAAAUUUAUAUCAGGGGAAGAUUGCGGAACUCAUGGGUCAGGUCGAGGGUAUCAAGAGCUCCAUGAAAGGAUACGACAUUCAGUGGUCCCAGAAAGGAAGUUAUUUAGCUCCAAAGCAGGCCUCGGGACAGGACGCUCCUCUCCCCCGGGAGCACUGA